CGCACUUUGUUUUAAAGACGUAAUUUUACAUUGUCACAUGAUCACAUCCCAAUCAAGUCACAUGCCAUCGUUGCUUGUUCAGCAGGAAUUUCACAGCGCUUGCGGUUGUUGGAGAAAAACAAGCAUCGGCGAUGUAAUAGAGAGAUUGAACUAAGGGUUCACUGCUGGGUGACAAUACAUCCGAUUUGAGGAUAAACUGACAAGCAGUCAUCUGUGUCCUGAAUGUCACAAGAGCCACCACAAACUUUCAGACUGACCCCUCAACCCAAACGCUGAAUACCCUCAACUCAGCUCUUUAGUGUUGAAGUCUGUGUUGAACAGAGUAGAGUGAAUUUGGGGGUGUUUUAGGUAGUGUUUUUGGGGCUGUGCCAGCCGGGUGGUGUCCCAUGGCGAUUAACAGUGAGGCGAGGGACUGGGCCGAGGCUGGGAGUGAAGAUGCUGGUGAGAGGGCGUGGCUACUGCAGAGCCCCAGUGUGGAGUCCGUUCGCCCCCCUUUGUCAGACAGGGAGAGGACUGGAGGGGUGUCUGCCACAGCCGCUGUCUUCAUUGUGGUGAACGCUGCGCUGGGUGCAGGACUACUCAACUUCCCUGCCGCCUUCAACAUGGCCGGAGGCGUGAUUGCAGGGGUGGUGCUACAGAUGUCCAUGCUGAUUUUCAUCAUCAGCGGUCUGGUGAUCCUGGCAUACUGCUCCCAGGUCAGUAACGAGAGCACCUACCAGGAGGUGGUGCGGGCCUCGUGUGGGAAGGUCACUGGGGUAAUCUGUGAGGUGGCCAUCGCCGUCUACACCUUUGGCACCUGCAUCGCCUUCUUUAUCGUCAUUGGAGACCAGCUGGACCGCUUGAUAGCUGCAAUAUCUCAUUUGCCAGACGAUGUGGUCGGUGGUCACUGGUACAUUGACCGUAAGUUCACCAUUUGUGUGACUGCUGUCCUGGUCAUUCUGCCUCUUUCCAUCCCCAAAGAGAUUGGCUUCCAGAAAUACGCCAGUGCGCUGAGUGUUGUUGGCACCUGGUAUGUCACCAUUGUGGUUAUACUGAAAUACAUCUGGCCUGAUAAAGAGAUGACCCCCGGCUACAUUGCAACCAGCCCGUCCUCCUGGAGUGCAGUAUUGAACGCCAUGCCCACCAUAUGCUUUGGCUUCCAGUGUCAUGUGAGCAGUGUGCCAGUGUUUAACAGCAUGAGAAGGAGUGAACUCAAGCCCUGGGGAGGUGUGGUCACCGUCGGCAUGAUCAUCUGCCUCUUUGUCUACACUGGCACGGGUGUCUGUGGCUUUCUGUCGUUUGGGUCUAACGUCAGUCAGGAUGUACUGAUGUCAUAUCCUCCUAAUGACAUCGCCGUGGCGAUCGCAAGGGCCUUCAUCGUCAUCUGUGUUAUCACCUCCUAUCCCAUUUUACACUUCUGUGGCCGGGCGGUGCUGGAGGGGCUAUGGCUCCGUUUCCGUGGCGAGCAGGUGGAAUUGUGUGUGAGGCGUGAGCGGAGACGCAGGGUGUUGCAGACGCUUGUGUGGUUCACAAUCACACUCGUCCUCGCACUCUUCAUCCCCGACAUUGGCCGAGUCAUCUCCCUCAUUGGAGGCCUGGCAGCCUGCUUCAUCUUUGUCUUCCCAGGUCUGUGUCUGAUUCAGGCAAAGCUCUCAGAAACAGAGGUCCGAUCUGCUAGCUGGCAUGGGUUGGUGGUCUAUGGUGUCAUCAUGGUAACCAUCGGCACUUUCGUCUUUGGCCAGACCACCGUCAAUGCAAUCUAUCAAGACUUUAUCCACUAUCCGGACAGCCAAUAGAAUUCUGACCAGGAAGACUCUUUGUUGGAGGAGGAUGCAGGUCUAUGCUGCUAUUCUGAACUUUAUUGACUUAUAUCAGGAUGUGGAGGAUCCAACACACACAUGCAAACACACUCCCUCCUGUGACAUCUCCUGCAUGCCGCACGUCUCGUUGUCUCCCUGACGAUGAAACCGCUCCAUAGCAAGCACUCGUGUCACACAUGGAGCGAUGCUCUAGGAUUGGACGAGAGUCCCGAGCGCAACCACUGACAAUGACCUAACUUUUUUUUAAAAAGAUUAUGCAAAUGUUAUGUUGUUUUUAUUACAUUUUAUUGUGGGAACAGUCCUCGGUGUUUUCACCCCGUUGUGGGCUGCAGUACUAAAUCCAGCAUACACCAAGCACUGCACUACAGGUGGCAUCCCAUCCCUCAAGAAACUGGGCAGUGAGAGAGGGUACCUACCUCUGAUGGGUGUUGUUACUGAUGAGUAAUGAACAUACUGUUUUUAAGAAUGUGGCCAAACAUUUCCAUCCAUUUUUAUAGUAAUUUUACAAUUCCAAUGUUUAAGUGGUUUAAAGACGUAUCCUUCAACUGUAGUUCUGAAACCUGUUUAAUGUGGCAAGUGUAUUAUAAUUUUAAUCGAUUUUGAAUGCCUUUGAGAUUUCUGAAGUCUGGGGUCUCAGGCUGAUUCCUGUGGUUAAAAGAUUGUAUUGGGCCUAGCUUUAAACAGACAGAUAUUUUAAAUGUGCUUUACCGACAGAGAGAGAUUAGCUCGAGGCUACAUAGAGGUAAAGAACAAAAAUCUAUCAUGUUUGAAGGGAUUGUUCCACAGGGCAGCAAUUACUAUUUUACAAUGACUUGAAUGAGAUUGGAAAUGCUUGAAAUUCAAUUACUUUUUGUUUUUAUUUGUAUUCUAUAAUUGGAGCCAAGGGAAAUCGUUUUUUUUCUGAACUGAACCAAUUUAGUAAUCUGGUUGAACAAUAAGCAGUCUUAUAGUAUCAUGAAUUCUCCUGUUAUCAAUCUACAUUUUAAUAAACAUGAUGGUUUUGUCAUUGAA